AUGAGAUCCCAAUUCAAGGACGAGCAUCCAUUUGAGAAACGAAAAGCAGAAUCGCUUCGAAUUCGAACGAAAUUUCAGGAUCGAGUGCCGGUGAUUUGCGAGAAAGUGGAGGAAUCAGAUAUCCCGGAAAUCGAUAAGCGCAAAUAUCUUGUUCCUUCUGAUCUUACUGUGGGACAAUUCGUUUAUGUUAUUAGACGAAGAAUACAUCUUCCUUCUGAAAAGGCCAUUUUCAUUUUUGUUAACGACAUUCUUCCUCCUACAGGUGCGUUGAUGAGUCAGAUUUAUGACCAAUACAAAGAUGACGAUGGCUUUUUGUAUGUUUUAUACAGUGGGGAGAACACCUUUGGAAAGGUGUAG